AUGUUCUUCCAGAGGAAGUGGAUUACCUUGGCUGUAGUUAUCGCCGUCAGUGGCUCCGCCUCUUUGGUUGAUGGGGCAUCACAAGUUCCUUGUUACUUCAUAUUUGGAGACUCGUUAUCCGAUAGUGGAAAUAACAAUGGGCUUUUGACACUGGCCGAAGUCAAUUAUCGUCCCUAUGGCAUUGACUUUCCACAAGGUCCAACUGGAAGGUUCUCCAACGGACGUAACUUGGUCGAUAUUAUUGCUGAACUACUAGGUUUUGAUGAAUAUAUACCCACUUUCGCGGCUGCAAUUGGAGGAGAUAUAACAAAAGGUGUAAAUUAUGCAUCUGGUGCAGCUGGUAUCCGUGACGAAUCUGGACGUAACCAGGGAAUGAGAAUAACCUUGUAUAAGCAAUUGAUAAAUCACCAAAUCAUAGUCAAUAAGCUUGUUGCCAAUGGUUCACUCGCUGCAGAUUAUCUAAGCAAGUGCAUAUAUUCGAUUGGGAUAGGCGCUAACGAUUACAUUAACAACUACUUCAUGCCAAAACUCUACCCAACUAGCCGCUUAUAUACUCCAAAGCAAUAUGCAGAUGUUCUUGUCCAAGAAUACUCUCAGCAAUUACGGACUCUGUACAACUCGGGGGCAAGGAAGAUGGCCCUUAUUGGACUAGGUAUGAUAGGUUCCACACCCUUCGAAGUGGCAAUGUGUGGCACAAACGGCACCGUAUGUGUUGAUAACAUCAACAAUGCUGCCCAACUUUUCAAUGCAAGGCUUAAAUCACUUGUCACUGAUCUUAACACAAAUCUAACAAAUGCUAAGUUCAUUUACAUAGAUUAUUAUGGAAUUGGACUAUCCAAUGCUGCUUCAUCUCCUCCCGGUGCUGUUAAUUACACUGCGCCAUGUUGUGAAGUUGAAAUGAAUAGUACGACUGGGCUAUGCACCCCGUUCAAGACCCCAUGCCAGAACAGAACUCAGUAUGCAUUUUGGGAUUCUAUCCAUCCUACUGAGAUUUCAAAUGUGGUUAUAGCAGCAAGAGCAUAUAAUGCUACGCUACCUACUGAUGCUUUUCCAUAUGAUAUUAGUCACUUAGCUCAAAUGUAA